AUGACGACGACUUCGAAAGUGCAGAAUGCACCUACUGACUAUGCCGCAAUCCAGCAGCGGGCGUGGGUCGCGCCUACGCCCUCGGAGCCGGAGCCGCAGCUGCAGGUGUACAACAGCCUGACGCGGACCAAGCAGCCGUUUGUCCCGAUGCGUGCUCGCCACGUUACGUGGUACAACUGUGGCCCGACCGUGUACGAUUCAAGCCAUAUGGGCCAUGCGCGCAACUAUGUGACGCAGGACAUUAUCCGGCGCAUCAUGCGCGACUACCUCGGCUACGAUAUCCAGUUUGUGAUGAACAUUACCGACAUUGACGACAAGAUCAUUGUACGUGCGCGCCAGGCCUUCCUCCUCGAGCAGUUCCGCGCGCAGUACCCCGAGCUCACGCAGCCGCUCCUCCAAGAGGUGCAGAACGCGUGGAAGGAGUACUUUGCCAAGACGCUCGUGCGCUUUGCGCCGCCCGCGCCGCCGCACGAGACCGAGUCGGACCCCAAGGCGGCAGAGGCCGCGCGGUCCGGCGAGGCCGGCUGGGAGGCCGUCGCGCAGCUCGAGAAGGACGCUGCGUGGCGCCAGGAUGCUGCGCAGAAAGAGCCCAAGUUUUCGCUCUGGUUCACCGCCUUGCAGGCCUCGCGUGACGCGCAGAUCGCCGCGGCCGUCGCACUCGGCGCGAACGACACGUCUGCGGCACAGGCUACUGCGCUGAUCGACGCUUCGUCAGACAUUCUGAGCCAGCGCCUGGACGCGACGCUCGGCCACACGGUCGCGGACCCUGCCGUGUUCCGCAAGCUCGCCGCGUUUUGGGAGAAUGCGUACUUUGACGACAUGCGCCGCCUGCACGUCGAGCCGCCUACGACGCUCACGCGCGUGAGCGAGUUUGUGCCCGAGAUUGUCCAGUUCAUCCAAAAGAUCCUCGAUAAUGGCUUUGCGUACGUCGACGAUGCGUCGGAGGAAAGCAAGAACGUCUGGUUCGAAACGAGCGCCUUUGACGGCAGCCCGUGCGAGGCGGCCGAGGCCGGUCACAAGCACUCGUACGCCAAGCUCGCGCCGUGGAGCAAGGGCAACCGCGAGCUGCUGGAGGAGGGCGAGGGCUCGCUCUCGGUCGGCGCGUCCAAUACGCGCGGCAAGCGCAGCGCGGCCGACUUUGCGCUUUGGAAGCGUGCCAAGCCCGGCGAGCCCGCGUGGCCCUCGCCGUGGGGCCCCGGUCGUCCCGGCUGGCACAUUGAGUGCAGUGUGAUGGCCUCCGAGGUGCUCGGUAAGCAGAUCGACAUCCACUCGGGCGGAAUCGACCUCGUGUUCCCCCACCACGACAACGAGCUGGCGCAGAGCGAGGCGUUCCACUGCAACGAGCAGUGGGUCAACUACUUUUUGCACACGGGUCACCUGCACAUUGAAGGCCUCAAGAUGAGCAAGAGUCUGAAGAACUUUAUCAGCAUUGACGAGGCGCUGCAGCGCUUCACCGCGCGGCAGCUGCGUCUGGCCUUCCUCAUGCAGCCGUGGAAUGCCCGGAUGGACUUCCGCGAGUCGGCCAUGGCCGAAGUCCGCAGCGCCGAGACGACCUUUAACAACUUCUUCUCAAACGUCGCGGCGCUCCAGCGCGAGUUCCGUGCGCGCGGCCCUGCCUUUUCCGACGGCCAGCACCACUACGGUGAGGGCGAGAAGCAGCUCGCGUCGCACCUCACCGAGUGCCAGAUCCAGUUCCGUGCGGCGAUGUGCGACAACUUUGACACGCCGCGCGGCAUUGACCUGCUGCUGCAGCUCGUCUCGCGCGCGAACGUGUACGAGCGUGGCGCCGCGCGUGCUGAUCUGAAUGUCGGCGUGCUCGUCAACGUCGCCGAGUACGUCGGCGCGAUGCUGCGCAUGUUUGGCCUCGGCGAGGGCAGCGAUGCCCAGCCGCUCGGCUGGGGCAGCGUCCAGGAGAGCGGCAGUGUGAACCGCGAAGAGGUGCUGAUGCCCUACUUGCGUGUCCUGUCGACGUUCCGCGACAAUGUGCGCCAGCUCGCGCGCGCGAAUGCGCCGCACACCGACCUGCUCAAGCUCGCCGACAAGCUGCGCGACCUGGACCUCGCCGACCUCGGUGUCGCGCUCGAGGACCAGGAGGAUGGCCGCGGGCUCGUGAAGCUCGUCCCUGCCGAACAGCUGCACGCUGCGCGCGAGGAGAAGGAACGUGCUGCGGCGGACAAGGCGGCGCGCAAGGCGCAGGCGGCCGAGCAGGCGCGCCAGAAGCGCCGCGAGCAGCUCGACAAGGGCCGUGUUGCGCCGCAGGACAUGUUCCGCGCGCCGCACUACACGACCGCGCCCGACGCGCCCGCGUUUGGCACGUUUGACGAGCAGGGCAUCCCGACGCACGACGUGCAAGGCGAGGCCAUCGCCAAGAAGCGCCGGAAGAACCUCGAGAAGGAGUACGAGCGCCAGGUGAAGCUGCACAAGGAUUUCCUUGCGGCCAAGGAGGCCGGCGAGAUCGAGUAG